AUGACAGAACAACCUACACAGACUUCACUUAUUUAUAUUGUCCUUACAUGCGGAAAGGAGUGCAAACGAGCUGAUCAGGAUUCCGGUUUGGGUCGCACGACGGAUGAGAGCGCGCGUACGGAGGAAAGUUCAGAACAGGAAGUCGACUCAGACCAAAGGUCAUCGGGGAAAAAUUUUUGUGUCAACUCGACAAAUGGUAAAGGCGCUUUCUCAGAAAACGUAGGAUCUCAUCUUCAUGACAGGAUGCGUGAAGCUUCUACAACCUGCAUUCCCAUGAAUUCUAUCGAUGAGGAACUCGUAUUCCUUGGCCGUUUAAUGCAAUCCUUGGCGGUACACUGCAGACAUUUGGUACAAGCUAAAGUGAGCUGUCGGUCAGGUUCUCUCAGAUACAGCCCACGUCCGGAGCACUCCGCGGAUAGUUGUGAUGUUGCAUACUCCCAAGGAAGCUUCAAAAUGGGUCACACGUACAAUUCUAUUAGUGUUGAAAAGGAGCAAUGGUUACCCUCAAUGUCGUCGUCUAGUUCAUCUGUUAACCGCGGAUCUGGAGACGGAAUUUCAGUUAACCAACGUGUACCUCGAAUGGGCACAAGAGGACUAGAACACACCAAUAACACCGGGGAGACUUCGAAUUUACUGAAGAAUCAAGAAACCAUCGAAGGACAAAAGCAAGAUCCAAUGAACAUUUUGAGCAAGGAAACGGAUACCUUCCUGCAGUACGGUGGUGAUACAGCUGUAUAUCCACUCGAUCUGGACAAACAACUUUCGCUUAGUGGACAAACAAGUGCUUACUGUACCGGUGAAAGCGUUCGUAGUCAACAUACCACCAACGGAGUAAGCAUUCGCUUGCGACAGUUAACGAAAGAACCAUCCGGACAGUUCGGAAACUCUGACGAUAAUGAUGGAGCGGACGUAUGGAACGGGGAACUCACAGCCUCCUUAUCCGAUCUCGGUGGCUCCAUCUUAUCUUUGGCAGCCACUGUGUCCAGCGUACCGAACCUAUUUCCCAAUAAUAGCGAAUCAAUCAUGGCCUCCCAUUUGCCUUGUGAAUCACUAAGUCCCGCCUCCAAUUGGUCGAUUGACGGAAGUUCGCAGUCGCAUCAACGCUGUAUAGCCACACCUGUGAGCACGCCUGUUGCCAGUGGUCGUUCUCUGAAUGAUCAACAAAUACACUCUGAUGACAGUCGUGAUGGACUCGCACGCAUACCAAGUAUAUCAGAAUGUGAUUCUAGCGGUAUCAAUAGAAGUCGUCCUUCGGGACUGUCCAAUAUUUCUUCUUCUGACAGUCUGAGCGUAACCGAAGACAAAAUAGGAGAUCCUCUAAGACAAGUGCAAAGAAACAGAUUUAUCGCGUUUACUGGCCAAAAGCAUGGAGAACAUGAUCAAACGGCAACCGAGUGCUAUCCUCUCAAAACGCCACUGGAAUCACGGGAGAGAUCCGUGCAUGACACAAGACUGCACAUUGGGUUUGGAGUCGAUGCAGAGAGCGUACGGAUCACUGGACAGGCUGGCUCAAAGCCGGUUUCUUACCGCCCACCAGCGGACCCAAGAAGCAAGCAACGUAUCCGACCAAGAGAUGGCUCCACACAUGGCAACAAGAAAAACAAUUCAUGUGUUCAUCGGCAGUUACCUCCAACUCCGCCACAACAAGUGUGUAAUGAGAUGACAUCGACAGCAUUACAGCCAAGACAGUCUGGAUACUUAUCAUCGAAUGACCAAAGCCGUGUGUUGCCUUCAUUUUUGUCCCCCCAGAUCAACACUAACCAUCACAUGAAUCAGAAACCUUGCGUGAUAUCCCCGAGAAUUAUUCCGUCUUGUUCACAUUCAAAAAUUUCCAGCAAUCCCUUGAUUUGUGUGACGACUACUACCUCAUGCUUAUUUGAAAAUGCUGCUUUGAGUCAAUCCAAUCAUCGCUAUGAUUUUUAUGAUCGAUUCUGUUCUCCAUCAAGAAUACGAAAUUCCAGUGACUCCCAUAAAUUUGGUAAUGACCUGAUGAAAUCCACCAAGGGAUGUGCUCAACGCGAUUUUUCUAGUGCUCCUACUGCGUUCUCUGGUUGUGGUAGUAAAGCAAAGACGGAGGAUCAGGUGGCAUCUGACAUUUAUGAGAUACCUUAUGCCUCGGUCACCCUGGAAGACACCGCAAUAUCGUACGUUGAGGGGAGGUUGCCAAACGCACUGGGCCAACCAGUCGAUGUAAAUCAGCUGUGCCCACAGAGCAGCAUAAGGCCAGACCAAUCAAUAAACCGGAAUGGCCAUAUAUCCGGCGCCUACGUUUCGUCCAUUGUGAACAGAUGUGUUGACUGUCAUGUACCACCACUGACCACACCGAGUACUUCAGAUUUCGGUCAGCAUAGAUCAAGUCCGCGGACACCUUGCUGUGUUCCGGAUGAAUGUCCCAAAUUCCCCAUCAAUUUCAGGGAAUGCCAUCAGUUCCACGGAUAUCCUCCCUUGCCAUACAUGACGGAAAACCUUAAUGUGAUGGAAUGGGUUAUCAAAAAGCGCCCUGAUGGGACGCGCUACAUAACACGCCGACCCAUAAGAAAUCGUUUACUAAAAGAACGUGCUAAGCGAGUAGCUGAAGAGCGUUCAGUAUUAACCACUGACGACGACGUACCUGGGGACCUCAAAACGGGCCGACAAUUGAAUCGAACGGAUCGUCGAAAACAAGCCGACAAGGACCGUCGUGAUCGUUCCAAAAAGAGAACAACGAACCCUUCCCAAUCUUCAAAUGUUGCGGAUAAACAUGGAGAAAGCCAAAUCAGACCUGAGUCAGCUGAUAUAAAGGGAUCGCAGAAUAUAACCACAGUGUAAUUGUACUUAAAUCUGUGUCCGGUAUAUUGUAUCGGGCUAAGGCAAGAUUUUCCAGAUAUAAUUUGUAGAUGGUUAUAUGCUCAAAUCUAUGUGCUACCAACGUUUACCUCAGGGCCUGUGGCUACCGUUCACUAGUGUUUCAGAGCAGCACUAUUUACUUGAUUUUGCAACAUUCACACAUGUUAAUUCAUGCCAUGUAUAUAGGAGACUUUUCUAACGUCGAUCA